AUGCUUCGUAGCAGAAAUAGGCUGAAUCGCGCUGUCUUCGCCGAAUCCAGACCACCCAGAAAAAACUACAACCAGCUAUCGUCACAUGAAAAACUUGACAAUCGCAAAGCAGAAGAUAUCCAAGUCGAAGAGCCGGUGGAGUCUGAUGCAAGCAGCACUGAUGUAGAAGAGCGCGAAUCACACGGAGUAUGUCCCCCGUGUGCGCAUGACCGAUACAAUAACAACGUAAAACGACGUGCCAACUACGAUUUUAGUGAUGAUUCUGAUUAUGACGAGGCUCUGACUUGCAACGUUUGCGACCGAUCGUUCCCGACCCGACGUCAGCUCAGCGACCAUCAACAGAAAAAGAGACAUUUCGGUUGCAGCGCUUGCGACAGCCUGUUCCCAUCGCUGAUGGCGUUGGAGCACCACAAAGAGGAGUUCCAACACUGGAGCGACUCAUCGUACUGCUCGCACUCUGAUUCGGACGACAGCGACACGUGCCACGAGGACCGCCAUCGGUUACUAUAAUGUCACCAUCUCAUUAUUGCCGGGGGGAACAACACCAAGCUGGGCACGUUUGUCUAAA